AAAAAAGCCGGUCCUUCAGAUCUUUUUCGCAAAUUGAAAAUUUAAAUUAGAUACCUUAGUCUUGAUUUUAUAGAUAAAGACAUCUCUUUGGAGUGCUGCUGGCUCUAUAGCGUUUACAGUGUAGGUACCCUUAAAGUCUCCCUUCCUCGAUCGCGCGAGCGCAUUGGUCGAAAUACGCACGAAUCUGCGAACAGUGGCAACAUUGUACAGCUGUCUUACCCAUUGGCAAAGCAACCAAGCUCGAGCCACGUCGAAUAGUUUGACCGGACAAAAACUUACACGAUAGAACCAUCAACUUUUUCGCUCAUACUAACACCAUUAAUUUUCAAGGAGGAUGUCUUUCACGACCUUAGAGACAACUAAUUUUCCUCUUUAUGCUGUGAAUGUCUUGGACAGAGAUCAUUUUUUGAUCGCCGGGGGAGGAGGUGCAGCGAAAACCGGCGUUCCAAAUGCUUUGAAUAUUUACAAGCUUGGUAGAAAUGGUAAAGACCUUAAAGUGACCCUAGUUCAUAAUUUUGAAGCUGGGAGAAGACCCAUCAUGAACUGUGCAAUUCACCCGACAUCAAAUGUUAUUGCUGUAGGAAUGGAUAAUAAAUGCCAGUUGCUUGAGCUUGAUGUCAAGGAAGAAGUUCAAAACUCUCAGAAAGUGAAAGGAAAAAACAAGGUUGUUGUCAAAGAAAAGACCCAGAAAUUCACAAUAAAAGAACUGGAAUCAAAGGUGACAGUUUCUGGUGAAGAUGGUGAUUCUAAAGAUGACGAUGAUGUAGGGUUUCAGAAAGUUGUAAGAUUCACGGCAGAUGGGCACUACAUUGUUACAGGUGGCUCUGAUGGGCAUGUUAGAGUUCUCAAGUAUCCAUCCCUUGAAAGUGUUCAUGAUAUAAAAGCCCACACAACUGAUGUUGAUGACCUUGAUGUACAUCCUAAUUCACGUCAGUUUGUAACAUGCUCCAGAGAUACAACAGCAUAUGUAUGGAGACUGGAAGAAGGGAAAAAACAAUUUCAGCUCUAUUUUUCUGUUAAUAAUCAGGAUGAUUUCUUUAGAGUAAGAGCCUGCAGAUUUGCUACUAAUGAGAAAAAAGAAGUGAGUCUUUAUACAAUAAAUGUGCCAUCCAAGUUCAAUAGAAAGUCUCCAACACCUUCAUACUUGGUCAAGUGGGACUGUUCAAAAUGGCUGCCGCAAAUGAGUCAGCCGGCUGGAAUAGAACCUCUUACACAAAUGGCUAUCAGCUCCUUACAUCUUUCUAAUGUGAUUAGGGAUUCAUGUAUCUUACAGUUGUACAUUAUUUCUCUGCAGCCCCUGGUUACACUUAAGGGUGUCCAUAACAUCUUUGUAACAGGACUGGCAUUUCUUCCCGACUCUCAACUAGUGAACAACCAGCUUCGCAAUGAGUUUGCAGUGCUCAGUAUAUCUGCUGAUAACACCUGUAAAGUUACAACACUCAAAAGAAGAGGUGAAUAUAGUAUCUGGUGGAUUCUUGUAGGAUUUUUAUUGCUGCUGUACUUGGUUGUAGUGGGCCUAGCUUAUGCUGGUCUUGAUUUAUAAUGAAUUUCUUGUAAUAUAUAUUUAUUGAUUAUUAAUAAUACAUUAGCAAUAGUAGUUAGUAUAUUAUACAUGAAGAGCAUAAUAAUUUUAUUGAAAUGUAUUAACUGUAACUUAAAAUUUUCAUCAUCACAUGUUGUAAAUAUUCUUGAAAAUGAUUCAUCAUGUACAAAAUAGUACAUACCAUUGGCAAUCCAUUGGUUAGCUGACAAAGUACAGCAUGCAGGUAAAUGUGGCCCGGCUGAGGGACUCCCAUACGAAAAAGUUGGGGUGGUCGUCGGAAAAUUUGAAUAAAACCUUUAAAGGAGGCUAACCUAGGUGUGGCUCAAUCUUUAUUUGACUCCUGAAAGAUACCACUUAAAACAGAAUAGGCUUGAUUACCAGCCACUGUUCUGAAAAAGAGCCCGGACUAGUAGACCGAACUUGAGAGAACGGCAGAAAUCAUACCAAAAAAAAAUCA